AUCAAUGACGCCAUUCCGAGACUCCAAAGUAGGCGAUGAUUUAUGUUUGGCUAAAGGGUGGCGUAUCCAGGAUUCCCGGGCCUAAUUGAGUUGCCCUUGAUGGAUCAGUCAUUUCUAGAGAGCCCAGCACUAUAACGAUUUAGAAAUUCUACGUUGCCCCUUUUGCCAUAACAUUUUGUUUAAAAUCGUUUGUAAUUUUGAUAACGGAGAAUAUGGAGAUAACUGUACCGCCGGAGGACUCGCACUGGUCCUUGAGGUUCGUGGACAUUUGGAAGCCCUUCCCGAAGGAGAAGUUGGCCAAUGCCACUUACAAGGUAAUCCGCUUCUUCUAUCCCCCCUUUGCCGUGGAAGCCGUUGAUGUCACCCACGUGGUCAGCGAUCCCGAGCUGAACGGUUUUAACGUGGCCCUGCUUCUGGGCUUUCCUUUGUUCCUGGCCUGCAUUGGUUAUGGUGUCUAUACAUUUAUGCUGAAGAAUCACUUGGUUCGAGAGCCGCCAGCGCAAUUGGACGAGCUUGAAGACCGCAUGAGGGCCAAGUACGGGCCGGAAUACAAGCAGGGGAUCUGGAAGCGAAGUGACAUUCUCGAUCCCCUCCUGGAAUCGAGGAACCCAUCCGAACCGGCUGUUCAGAGCCAGCACGACCGGGAAAGCGAGUCCACUAACGUCUUUGUAGAGGCCCACUGGCUACCAGAAUCCAUCGAAAACUUUAUCGAAAGCUCAAAGGAGAGUAGCAAGGCGAGUGUCACUUUCAGCGAGAAGGUCAAGUGCCGUCUAUACGAGGGCAGCAGUCAGAUGGAUUUCCACUCGGAUCUCGUUGGGCAAAUCAAGAAUACGGUCAAAGAACGUUCCGGCUUGAAGCGCAGAGGCGAGAAGACUUUGCCAUAACUUCUUUAUUUUUUCAAUCUUUC